AUGGACUCUUCACCUUCCGGCUUGAUCAAGUUCCUUCUCCCCAAAACACCGUUUCUAGUAAAGACAGCACUAUGGCACUCUCUAUCCAUGUCACCGACGAGUUCAAAGUGGGAUCUCAGGACGGAAAUCACGGUUAGCAUGCUUCGCGACAUGAUGGGCCCCAAUUCAACACCAACACCCAUUUCGAAGCUACAGCGUCUAACCUGCAAAGAUCCGGGUGUCAAGGGCAAAGUCUGGGUCAGCAAAGUCAAAUUAGAUGUACCAGAAGAAGACGAUGUACGACAGAUGAUGUUCAAGGCCAUCGACGACAUGAGCACAGGCGACGAGACAUGGACAAAACCCGAACAGCGCCCCUUGGAAGCAGAGUGGAACGGCUACCGCGCCGAUGCAAAAGACGAUGAGCCAGAACCAGUUGAUAUGAGCGAAGAGGCCAAGUACCAGAGCUUGAUGAAAGAGACCAAGAGCAAAGUAACCCUCCUCUAUUUCCACGGCGGCGCAAUGUACCUCCUCGACCCAGCAACGUCCCGUCCCCUUACCGGCCGCCUCGCAAAGGAAACAGGCGGCCGCGUCUUCUCCGUCCGGUACCGCCUCUCCCCACAAGGCCCAUUCCCCUCUGCACUACUCGACUGCUUCACAGCGUACCUCACCCUGCUCUCCCCACCACCCGGCUCGUUCCACGCGCCAGUUCCCGCCUCUGAAAUUGUAUUUGGAGGUGAUUCAGCGGGUGGGACAUGCUGUACCGCUUUACUCCAACUACUCUUGCAAAUCCACCGUAGUACACCCGCUGGCCAAACCCCGCGUGUUCGGUUCCACGGCAAGGACGUUGAGAUUCCGCUUCCGGCUGGUGUGGCGCUGAGUAGCCCUUGGGUGGACAUCACGCGUAGUUUACCGUCGAUUGAGGGGGGCGUGACUUAUGAUUACCUCCCCACACCCAGCCAAACCGACUCCCGCGAGUUCCCAAAGGACGACGGUGUCUGGCCCGCCAACCCACCGCGCGCUGAUUUGUACUGCGAAGCAUCCGCACUCAUGCACCCCCUCGUCUCGCCUCUCGCCGCAAAAGAUUGGUCGAAAUGCCCCCCGUUGUUCUUCUCCGUUGGCGAGGAAAUGCUACGUGAUGAAGGCGCCGUCAUCGCUCAGCGCUGCGUAGCCCAGGGUGUGACGGUGGUUUGGCGUGAUUUCGAAGCCAUGCCGCAUUGUUUUGCCAUGUUGCUUGAGAGUAAUCCAAGCAGUCCUGUGCAUUUCGACGAGUAUGGCAAGUUCUGCAAAGAAGUUGUUGAGGGAAAGACGUUGCAAAGUAAUGGCGUGUUUAUCAAGGCGAAGACACUAGAGAAGAGUGAGAUGGAUGUCAAGAGCGGGUUGACGAAGAUUAGAGAUGACGAGGUCGAGGCGUACAUGCAAAAGGGUAAGGAGAGGAUUGAAGCAAAGUUCAGGAGGGGGAUGGAUCCGGCGAGUGAAAGGCCUAUGCUGUAA